CAAAAAAACAGCGGCAGUCGGACGCGGUUUUUAUCGUCGAGCGCGGUUUCUUUGUUUUAGCGCUCGAAAAUUGUCGAGAACUCUCGUAAAAAAUACACUGUACCAAAUAACUAAGUAGUGCAUGCUAAUUGAACAAGCAAAUGAGUUAAAGGUGUAUAUUAUAGUGAAAAGAAGUCAAACAUAACCGAUUUUGUUGGCGGCUUUCUUUUAUUUUGGUUCAGAUACCGUGUUUAAUUUCUCCAGUUUUAUGCAAACACAUGAAUAACAUAACAGUGGAAAUUUCUAACAGUGCAUUGUGAGAUAAAAACGAGCAGAGGAUUUUUAAACUGCAGCUCUAGCAUUUACCGUUAGGGCAAGAGUAAACACAUUCAACAUGUUGCAGUCACUAAAAACUAAAACAAAAGCAAAGCGGAUCACUCUCUUUCUCAUUCUCUCAUUCGCUCUCUUUGAGUUUUAAGUGUUUUUGCCGUGUUUUGUUUUGAUUUUUGCACACACACAAAGACAUCGAGAGAGGAGAGCGGAGAGUUUGUGCUUUUUUGAUUGUUGUUGCAUUGGCCAGCUAAUAAAGUUGUGCCGUUCUUGUUGUUGUUGCAGUUGGAUUAAAAGUCAAAGCAUUGGAUAAAUGCUAAGUUGAAAUAACAACACAAAUAAGGGCAAAUCAAAGGAAAUCAAAAUCAAGUUGGAUUAUCAGCACAGUUUCUGGGACUUGCCACAGGAUGUGGACUUGGUUUUCUUGUGGCUGCUUUCACCUGCCGCAGCAGCGAUAUUCCUAACACCUCUCCGCGUAGAAUAGGCAUUUCCGGUCGUGCAGCGCGGAAACAGCAAUAGCAGCAGCAGCAGCAAUCAGCAGCGCUGCUAGCAACAUCGGACGAUAUCAGAUAUAGACAACCUAUAUACACAUAUAUAUUUAUUCGCCGCCGCUGUCGCCGCCUUGUUCUUCGCGAUUUCGUCGCCGUCAGCGUUCGUCGCCGACUGAGACGAAAGCUGCGAAGCAACGAGCGCCAGCGAAAGCCUCACCACGGACGCAUUUAUGGAUGCGGGCGGCCUGCCAGUUUUCCAGAGCGCCAGCCAAGCAGCCGCCGUCGCCCAGCAGCAGCAACAGCAGCAGCAGCAGCAACAACAGCAGCAACAUUUGAAUCUCCAGUUGCAUCAGCAACACUUGGGCCUCCAUCUGCAGCAGCAACAGCAGCUGCAACUGCAACAGCAGCAGCACAAUGCCCAGGCGCAGCAGCAGCAGCAGAUCCAAGUGCAGCAGCAGCAGCAACAACAGCAGCAGCAGCAACAGCAACACUCGCCCUACAAUGCCAACCUGGGAGCAACAGGCGGCAUUGCUGGAAUCACUGGCGGCAACGGAGCUGGCGGCCCUACGAAUCCAGGAGCGAUACCCAACGCUCCCUGCGACACUAUGCCCACCAAGCGGAUGCCGGUCGUCGAUCGGCUGCGACGCCGCAUGGAGAACUACCGCCGCCGGCAGACGGAUUGCGUGCCACGCUAUGAGCAGGCCUUCAAUACCGUCUGUGAGCAGCAGAACCAGGAGACCACCGUCCUCCAGAAGCGCUUCCUCGAGAGCAAGAACAAGCGGGCGGCCAAGAAGACCGACAAGAAGCUGCCCGAUCCCUCGCAGCAGCAGCAGCAGCACCAACAGCACCAACAGCACCAACAGCACCAACAGCAGCAGCAGCAUCAGCAACAUCAGCAACAUCAGCAACAUCAGCAACACCAGCAGGCCCAGACCAUGUUAGCCGGACAGCUGCAGAGCAGUGUUCAUGUGCAACAAAAAUUCCUGAAACGACCCGCGGAGGAUGUUGACAAUGGCCCUGACAGCUUUGAACCGCCGCACAAGUUGCCUAAUAAUAACAACAAUAGCAAUAGCAACAACAACAACGGCAAUGCGAAUGCCAACAACGGCGGAAACAACAAUGGCUCCAAUACCGGCAACAACACGAACAACAACGGCAACAGCACCAACAACAACGGCGGCAGCAACAACAACGGCUCUGAGAAUCUAACCAAGUUCUCGGUGGAAAUUGUUCAGCAACUGGAGUUCACCACAUCGGCGGCCAAUUCGCAACCGCAACAGAUUAGCACUAAUGUCACUGUAAAGGCGCUGACCAACACAUCGGUGAAGAGUGAACCAGGUGUGGGCGGUGGCGGAGGGGGCGGCGGUGGUGGCGGUAGCGGUAACAACAAUAACAACGGAGGCGGGGGAGGCGGCGGAAACGGUAACAACAACAACGGAGGUGAUCAUCACCAGCAACAGCAGCAGCACCAGCAGCAGCAGCAGCAGCAACAAGGCGGCGGACUGGGUGGCCUCGGGAAUAAUGGAAGGGGUGGGGGACCCGGCGGCAUGGCCACGGGUACCGGGGGCGUGGCCGGCGGUCUUGGCGGCAUGGGCAUGCCACCCAACAUGAUGUCCGCCCAACAGAAGUCGGCCCUGGGCAAUCUGGCCAAUUUGGUGGAGUGCAAACGGGAACCGGAUCACGAUUUCCCCGAUCUCGGCUCAUUGGACAAGGAUGGUGGUGGCGGACAAUUUCCGGGCUUUCCCGAUCUACUCGGGGAUGAUAACUCGGAGAACAACGACACGUUCAAGGAUCUCAUCAACAACCUGCAGGACUUCAAUCCCAGUUUCCUCGAUGGCUUCGAUGAGAAACCGCUGCUGGACAUAAAGACGGAGGAUGGCAUCAAGGUGGAGCCGCCCAAUGCCCAGGAUCUGAUCAAUAGCCUGAAUGUGAAGUCCGAGGGCGGUUUGGGUCAUGGUUUCGUUGGCUUUGGCCUGGGUCUGGACAACCCGAGCAUGAAGAUGCGUGGCGGCAAUCCUGGCAACCAAGGCGGCUUUCCCAAUGGUCCAAAUGGCGGGACAGGUGGUGCUCCCAAUGCUGGUGGUAAUGGUGGAAACUCUGGUAAUCUCAUGUCCGAACAUCCUCUGGCUGCUCAGACACUCAAGCAAAUGGCCGAGCAGCAUCAGCACAAGAAUGCCAUGGGCGGCAUGGGUGGAUUCCCACGACCGCCGCACGGCAUGAAUCCGCAGCAACAGCAGCAGCAGCAACAACAGCAACAGCAGCAGCAACAUGGUCAAAUGAUGGGGCAAGGACAGCCCGGUCGCUAUAACGACUACGGCGGCGGCUUCCCCAAUGACUUUGGCCUGGGACCCAAUGGUCCGCAGCAGCAGCAGCAGGCGCAGCAACAGCAGCCGCAGCAGCAACACCUGCCGCCGCAGUUCCACCAGCAAAAGGGUCCUGGCCCAGGAGCCGGCAUGAAUGUGCAGCAGAAUUUCCUGGACAUCAAGCAGGAGCUCUUCUAUUCCUCUCAAAACGAUUUCGAUCUCAAGCGUCUGCAGCAGCAGCAGGCCAUGCAGCAGCAGCAGCAGCAACACCAUCAGCAACAGCAGCAGCAGCAGCCCAAAAUGGGUGGUGUUCCCAAUUUCAACAAACAACAGCAGCAGCAACAGGUGCCGCAGCAGCAACUGCAGCAGCAGCAGCAGCAACAGCAACAACAGCAACAGCAGCAGCAGCAGCAGUACUCACCCUUCAGCAACCAGAACCCAAAUGCGGCGGCCAACUUCCUCAAUUGUCCGCCAAGGGGCGGUCCAAAUGGCAACCAGCAGCCGGGCAAUCUGGCGCAGCAGCAACAGCAACCCGGGGGUGGACCGCAGCAGCAGCAGCAGCGCGGCAACGCCGGCAAUGGGCAGCAGAACAAUCCGAAUGCCGGACCCGGCGGCAACACCCCAAAUGCGCCGCAGCAGCAGCAGCAAUCGACCACCACAACGCUGCAGAUGAAGCAGACGCAGCAGUUGCAUAUUAGCCAGCAGGGUGGCGGUGCCCAUGGUAUUCAGGUGUCGGCUGGUCAGCAUCUGCAUCUGAGUGGCGACAUGAAGAGCAACGUCUCGGUGGCCGCCCAACAAGGUGUCUUCUUCAGUCAGCAGCAGGCGCAACAGCAACAGCAGCAGCAACAGCCCGGCGGCACCAACGGACCGAAUCCCCAGCAGCAGCAGCAACAGCCGCAUGGCGGCAACGCGGGCGGUGGCGUGGGCGUUGGCGUGGGCGUUGGCGUGGGCGUGGGUGUGGGCAAUGGAGGUCCUAAUCCCGGACAGCAGCAGCAGCAGCAACCAAAUCAAAACAUGAGCAAUGCAAAUGUUCCCUCCGAUGGCUUCUCGCUCUCCCAGAGCCAAAGCAUGAACUUCAACCAGCAGCAGCAGCAACAGGCGGCCGCCCAGCAGCAGCAGGUGCAGCCCAACAUGCGCCAGCGUCAGACGCAAGCGCAGGCAGCGGCUGCAGCAGCGGCAGCAGCGGCGCAGGCGCAGGCGGCGGCCAAUGCCAGCGGACCGAAUGUGCCGCUCAUGCAGCAGCCGCAGGUUGGAGUGGGCGUAGGCGUCGGCGUUGGCGUGGGUGUGGGCAAUGGAGGCGUGGUCGGUGGACCCGGUUCCGGCGGACCCAACAACGGUGCAAUGAAUCAGAUGGGCGGACCCAUGGGCGGCAUGCCGGGCAUGCAGAUGGGUGGACCCAUGAACCAGAUGCAGAUGAAUCCCAACGCUGCCGGUCCAACCGCCCAGCAGAUGAUGAUGGGCAGCGGCGCUGGCGGACCGGGUCAGGUUCCGGGACCUGGUCAAGGACCAAAUCCGAAUCAAGCCAAGUUCCUGCAGCAGCAGCAGAUGAUGCGCGCCCAGGCGAUGCAGCAACAGCAGCAGCACAUGUCUGGAGCACGACCACCACCGCCCGAGUACAAUGCCACCAAGGCGCAGUUGAUGCAGGCUCAGAUGAUGCAGCAAACGGUGGGCGGCGGUGGUGUCGGCGUCGGAGGUGUGGGCGUAGGCGUGGGCGUGGGAGGGGUCGGUGGUGCCAACGGUGGCCGCUUCCCGAACAGCGCUGCCCAGGCGGCGGCCAUGCGGCGCAUGACCCAACAGCCCAUACCGCCAUCCGGUCCGAUGAUGCGACCACAGCAUGCGAUGUACAUGCAGCAACAUGGAGGAGCAGGCGGUGGUCCGAGGACCGGCAUGGGUGUGCCCUAUGGUGGCGGAGCAGGCGGCCCAAUGGGCGGUCCGCAGCAGCAGCAGAGGCCGCCUAAUGUCCAGGUUACGCCCGAUGGCAUGCCCAUGGGUUCGCAGCAGGAGUGGCGGCACAUGAUGAUGACACAGCAGCAGACGCAAAUGGGAUUCGGUGGACCGGGACCAGGUGGACCCAUGCGGCAGGGACCCGGUGGUUUUAAUGGAGGCAACUUUAUGCCCAAUGGUGCACCCAACGGUGCAGCGGGCAGUGGACCCAACGCUGGCGGCAUGAUGUCCGGCCCCAAUGUGCCGCAAAUGCAGCUGACCCCAGCCCAGAUGCAACAGCAACUGAUGCGCCAACAGCAGCAGCAGCAACAGCAACAGCAGCAGCAGCAGCACAUGGGACCUGGUGCCGCCAACAACAUCCAGAUGCAGCAACUGCUCCAGCAGCAGCAAUCCGGAGGCGGUGGCAACAUGAUGGCCAGCCAGAUGCAGAUGACCAGCAUGCACAUGACCCAGACCCAGCAGCAGAUCACCAUGCAGCAGCAGCAGCAGUUCGUGCAGAGCACCACCACGACCACGCACCAGCAGCAGCAGAUGAUGCAAAUGGGUCCAGGGGGCGGUGGUGGCGGCGGUGGGCCGGGAUCGGCCAAUAACAACAAUGGUGGCGGCGGUGGCGGAGCAGCGGGCGGAGGCAACUCCGCGUCGACCAUUGCCAGUGCCAGUUCCAUUAGCCAGACGAUCAACUCGGUGGUGGCCAACUCGAAUGAUUUCGGUCUCGAAUUCUUGGACAACCUGCCCGUGGACAGCAACUUCUCCACGCAGGAUCUGAUCAACUCCCUCGACAACGACAACUUCAAUCUGCAGGACUUCAAUAUGCCGUAGAUGAUUGUCGGUAACCACUCAAACACCACCUCCAGCCAGCACCAAACACAACCACCAUCACCACCAUAACCACCACGAUGUUGCCUCAGUUUUGUUUAGAUUUUUUUAUUUUGUUGCCUCUUGUUGUUAUUGGCCUGGACAGCCGAACCCAACCGACCCGACCUGACGCCCAACCGCCCCACACGGCCCCGCCCCCUUGUUCCUGCCAACGAAGUUAUUUUGUUUGUUAUAUGUGUGUGAAUUUAUUCCUAAGCUAAGUUCGUUCGUCUAUGUACUCUAAUUUCGUGGGCUCCACUGUAUUGUAUUCUAUUGUAUUUUAUCGUAUUUGUAUGUAUUAUUAGAGCUGUUCCCAAGGUCCAAGGCGAGCGGCCACUGGGCGUGGCAGCGGCGAGAGUUCGCAAAAGACAUUCCAUAUGCAGCGGUCGAACGAAGGAAUUAGGGAAAUUCGAGAAAGUAUUUGCAAGUACUUUAAAAACAAUCGAACAUAUUUCAAAUUCUCAUACACCGAUACAGAUACAGAUACUACAGACUCGUUGUGCAACUUAAGCACUUGUACUUAAUGCAAAUUUGUAGUGCCACGCCCAGCGGAUUGCACGCCCCAUUUCGUUUGAUUACUUAAGCAAAACCAGAUGAAAUGAUGGAAGCAAACACAAAAAGAACCAACAACAAAACAAAAUCGAAAA